UGGCAUUUAUAAAUAUCUUUAAGAAGGCAAAAAACCAUAAUAAAGAUAAAAAAUCGUCAUGUCAAACAAGUCAGCCACCAAUACCCAAGAAACAAGAUCAUCAUCUACAGAAAACCCAUUCUGACUCAUCUUUCAACUCUUCAUUAAACUCUCCUAACAACCAAACUAAUAUGACUAAUAAGCAGUUGAAAAAAUCAACUAGCUUCAUCUCCAAGCUUAAGCUAAUUCACCAAUCUUGUCCCUCAAAAUCCUCGGUUGCUUCCUCUUGUCAACAUCAAAAAUCGCCAAGUCAAUACUCAAAAUCGUCUUGUCAAUCAAUCAAACCUCAACCAAGUCCUCUCACGAGUGGCGCAUCCUCAAGUCAACCCCAAUUAAAUCCUGGCAGAUCAUUUGCAACCAAAGACUAUAAAUUGUCAGAUAUUUCUACCAAUAAUGAAAAUAAAUCUCUUCCACUCACUCCAUUAAGUGAUACUUUUAAUAUGAGUGAAUUAAUAGCUCCUUAUCAGAAUUUUGAAACUCCUAAAAAUCAAUUAUUUACUUCUACUCCGAUGAAUCCAAAACGCUCUAUUCAAUCCCCAAGGAAACUUGACUUUAUCGACUGCUCUUCCUUUGACGAUGAUAUAAGUAGUAAAAACUUGCUAAGUCCAACCGCAAGAACCGCAAGAACUGCAAGCUCGAAUUUCUUCGAUACCGAUGACGGAUCGAUAAUAGACGCUAACAUUCAAAUAUUCAAAACUUACUCCCAUGGUAAACAAUCAAAUUUAAGAUUCAUUAGUACUUCAUCUCCCAUUCCUUCAGAGUCUUCUCAAGAUCAUAUAAAUACUUCCGCAAGUCCUUCUCCACUACCUCGAGUUAAAAGCGUUGGCAAACUGACUACUAUUGAACAUUCCCACAAUUCUUGUCAUCUGUUGAGUGAAGAUAUAAGUGACCCAAUAGAUGACUCAGGAGACGAAGAAUUAGAAUUCAGUGAUAGCAAAGAGUUUUUCAGAAGCGAAUUACUUUCUUUGGUUCAAGAUCAUAAACUUUUAAUUGAAAAACAUGAAGACGAAAUUAGAAAAUUAAAGACUUUAUUACAACAAGAACGUGAAGUGGUCUCAAGGUUAUCUUCUCCUCAAACAAAAUCAACUCCAAGGUUCAAUUAUAGUGAAGUUUCUCCUCAAACAACACUCCCUGCAAACCGUAAUAAGAAAAGAAGAUCUGGAUUUAUUCCUUUCAACAUCGUUGUUUCAACUGAUGCCUCUAUGAAUGACUCUUCCACCGAUCUUUUGCCUCCUUUCAAGCCUGGCCAAUCAGAAAGCCUUAAUUCCCCCACCAUAAAAUCCCGCAAACCUUCACUGGGAUCCAAUGCAUCGUCAGUAAUGAGUACUUCUCACCAAAUUCCAAAAUCAAAUGGCCAUGUCCAAGAUUAUCUGGGCGAAUUGGGCAUCAUCCAUAACUACCAAGAAGACAGUUCCUACGAUUCCCAGUGUGACUCGGAACUCACUAUGCACACGCACUUCACAAAUCCUGAAUGCUACUUGCAAGUCAAGUAGAUUAUGUACUUUACGAUCCAAAUUUAU